UUUCCGUGUAUUUGUCAGAGCUUAGAAUUUAGGAAAUUUGGUUUAGCUGAGAGAGGUUUCGCCUUCUUUUCCACACAACCCCAAGACGACUCUGCAAACUUUCCAUUAAUCCUGUACCGCAUUUUCUGCUCAUUUUCCCUCUUUCUUUCCAGGUUUUACCCCUUCUAUCCCUUUUAGUUUGUUUAAUUGUUGCAAUUUGACAGUUUCAAGAUUAUGAUGAUUUCACUAUUAACAAUAAUCCGCUAGAAAUUAUCAACAAUAAUCCCGAAACCCUGGUUUUAUUUUUGAUUUGUUUGAAUGGAUUUGCUAUUGGUGAAUAAGGGUUUUGAAUUCACGCGUAAAAAGAAGAAAUGGGUUCUUCUUUUAGCAGCUUUUGGGGUAACUGGGUAUGGUGCUUAUAGGGUUUAUAAUUCUCCAUCUGUUGCUAGAAAAAGGAAGAAAUUUGUGAAAUUAUGUAGUGCCCUUGUUUCUAUCAUUGUUGCUGUUUCUGAUUCUGCUGAGACUAUUGGGAUUCUUUCUAAAGAUUUAAGGGAAUUUCUUCAGUCAGAUUCUGAUGAUAUUCCCAAUAGUUUGAAGCAGAUCUCAAAAUUAGCCCAAUCAGAUGAUUUCUCUGAUUCUGUUGUUAGGAUUACUGCUGCUUUGACAAGGGGGGUUUUUAGGGGUUAUCAGGCAGAAUAUACCACUAAUGAUACUUCUAAGGGUGAAUCAAAUUCGGGUUUUUAUGACCGAUUUAUGGAUAAACUGUUAUCGGAAUCUGGCUCUGGGUUUGCUUCUGUGGUUAUUGGUAGUUUUGCCAGAAAUUUGGUGACUGCAUUCUAUUCAAUUGAUGAAGAGUCUGCUAGAGAAUUGAAUUCGGGUGUGAAGAAAAAUGCUGAUGGUUCGGUGUUAAAUGAGGCACCGUUGCCUAGAUGGGUCGAUGCAAUGUGUAGUGAUCGUUGCAGGGAUCUCUUUGGUGAAUGCAUAGAGAAGUUUGUUAGCACUGCUGUGGCGGUUUAUCUUGACAAAACUAUGAAUGUUAACACCUAUGAUGAGUUGUUUGCUGGAUUGACGAAUCCAAAGCAUAAUAAACAAGUGAGAGAUUUGUUGGUGACGGUAUGCAAUGGUUCGAUUGAAACCUUGGUUAAGACAUCUCACCAGGUUCUAACAAGUCCAGAAUCUGGUGAAAAAGUGGGGUCUGAUUCUUCUUCUUCUUCUGUAUCUCGGUUUGUUGUGACACGCUCCAAUUCAGAUGUGGUGUCGAAGACUUUAUGUUCUAUGAUUGAUGAUGCCCAUAAUGUGAUCAGUGUUAAACAGAAUGAACUUGGACGAGGAAAGUUUAAUGAUUCAAAGGAAAGUAGGAAGUCAUCUAGUGGUAGUUGGAUGUCAACAAUGUCUUCAACCUUGGCUGAGCCGAGCAAUAGAAAACUUGUCCUUGAUGUUACUGGCAGAGUGACAUUUGAGACUGUGAGAUCAUUCCUGGAGUUUUUGCUUGGGAGGUUGUUUUCCAGCGUGAAAAGAAGUGUCCGUGCUGUGAAUAGUGCUAUCAUCGACACUGGUCAUCAUGUUGUGAGAUAUGUUACGGCAAAAUCUUAUAUUGUUGCUACUAUAUGUAUCUCACUGUGCUUACAUAUACUGGGCGGCCCUUGGCAAUUGAUGCCUGCUUGAGUUAGUUGGGUUAUGAAUAUGCCUCCAAAGGUUGAACAGAUAUUUGUCCCCAAAUGCCUAAAUCUGACAAUCCUACUUGAAGUUUGCGGUUGAAUUGUGCAAGCAGUCUAGCUUGAUCCACCUGAACUCACUCAAUUUGUGUGAUGCUCGCUCAUUCAAGAAUAAGCAGAAAAUUGAUGAUGCUGAAGCCCCUGCUUUGAAAUCCUACAUUUUUUGGAUUCUCCUAAGCUCUUUUGUGUCAAAACCAGCCUUCAGUCUUUGUGUAUUGCUGUCUUAGUGCACUGCUUUAAUUUUUUAGAAGUUUAGCAUGAGUUAUUAGAGUGGAAUGUUUCAAAUGGAGUACCACAACAAACACGGUAAGGCAUAUGUAAAAAACUACAUAACAUUAGGCUUACAAGGCACGAGUCAGCAGAGUAUGGAUGACAUUGGUGGUUGACUAGGAAUUUCUCAAAGAACACUGUCCCUGUAGUUUUAGAAAUUGGGCUGAUUCCCUCCACCACAGUAUCAGCUUUUGACUCCAGAAUGCUUUGGAUUGCAGAAUGUCUCCUUUUGAGGACCUGAGAAACUGAAUAUACGUUCACAAUUCUUUCUCCUAUCUCCAUGACUGAGAAGCAAAAUAUGAUCAAACUACGAACAUAGCAAGGGGGGAUUUGCUGAUGACAUUGACUUGCUGAUAAUGGUUGAGCAUGGCAGAUAGGUUACAUGGUUUUCUAUUGCUUGGCAAAAGCUGUGCAAUGGAAGCAGGAUUAAGCAUUAGAAUUACUUAAAAGUGUCACGGUUGCAGAAACUGAAGCAAAACUCCUAGCAAAGUUAGUGGACACUGGACAGCAUCUUAGCAUAGCUAAAUUUUUAGCUAAAGUAUGGCUGAUAAGUGUUCAAUGUAUCACCACUCGAAUUAAUAGAUGUGAGAAAUGUGAUCUGAUUCAUUGAAGUCUAACUGGUCAAAUCUUUCUUUUUUGUCCACUAAGUUUUACAUUACUUGUAACAGGCAGUAAAUAUAUAGGCAUAUAAAACCUGUAGAUGCCAGAAUUAUGUGCUUGUAGUUUCGAAUAUUUGGAUAGAACUUCUGAAUAUCAUCCUGUUGUUGAGAUUUGAAUCGAGAUUGUCAUUUGUCCA